AUGGCUUUGAAGACUUCGGAGUCCACCUUCGAGCCUGUACUUGAUCCUUCGCAAUGGCCGCAGUACACUGGUGAUGAAUAUGUUCUAGAUUGUGGUCUACUAAAACAAAAACUAGGGAGGAGGAAGAGAAAAUGGCUCCGAAAUGAGAUGGAUGAUUCCAAUAAUGGUUAUGGUGAUGACAUGGUGAUGGUGCACCCCGAUUACCCGCUCCUUGAGAUGUACUUCAUUAGGGAGCACCGAGCUCACCUCAUGGUCGACAACAAUGAGGUGCAGAAAUCUCUUCGAAUACGCACUCACAAUCGUCUCAGGUGGGAUGAGAAGUACAACCCCUACAUUCAGUGCGUAGGCUUCUUGCCAUUGGCCAGGUUGGUCACAGCGGGGUUGCCAAUGUUCGAUGGUGCAUCAUUGACGACACUUGUGGACCGAUGGAGGGCGGAGACACACACCUUUCACCUCCCUUGCGGCGAGCUCACAGUCACGCUGCAGGAUGUGGCCAUGAUACUUGGGCUACAAGUGGACCAGCAGGUUGUGUGCGGGAUGGUGCAAUCUGUCGGAUGGCACAACAUGGUGGAGGCGCUCCUUGGUAGUAGGCCUCCUGAGCCAGAGCAGGACAUGAAGGACAAGAAACAUUCUAGCGUCAGCUUCGUCUGGUUGGCUGCCAACUUCUAG